GAGAAGGAAACGAAAUUCCACUUCCUCCCAAGAAACCCUCAUUGAUGCGACGUGCUUUCAAGCUUCCGAUGAGCUCUCGCAAUUCCAACGUAACAUCGAAAUCCGACGAUGAUGAUGAAGAAGAAGAUGACGACGCUGUCGUUAAAGCCACCGUUGUCGACAGCGAUGACUCAGGAGAAGACGAUGCUGUCGCUGCUAUUGUUUUCCAGAACCAAUUGUCUUCCAGUCGUUCCACUAAGGCCACCAAAACAACGAAACGACGUUCCAUGUUGCCUUCUCGACCUAUGCGUCUGCCACCGAUUGCGUCACCAGGUUUACUCAUGUUGCCGAUAAGCGGUCUGAAAUCUAUAGAAACUGCUACAAAAACAGGGUACGCUACGCCGUCUGCCGUGUUCGAUCACCACAUGUCGUUGGCUGGAUAUAGCGAAUACAAGCGCACGAGCAACCCUCAUCGUGGCUCUAGUGUUCAAAGAAUGGCCACAGAACGCAACGACGAUAAUUAUGAUUUGGAUUUGCCGGAAUCAGAACGGACAAAUCCGUCCUUACUACCUCGCGUGCUAAUAGCUUCCCUAUCCAAGUCCUUGACGUUGAGCAACACGCCUUCUGAUUGUAAAAGAAAACGGCCGAUGUCGUUCAAGGACAUGAUUCCUGUGUCGCUAUCAGUAUCUUAUCCCAAAGCAUAUGUGAAACAACGACAGCAGUAUAUUAAAGAUGUUGCGACACGAGAAAAGGCUAUCAUACGCUAUCAGGCAGCACAAGAAAACCUUGAUUCCCAUGAGGGCGCAAUGGAAGCAGCUGCCAUUGCCACCAUUCCACCUUUACCCGCUGCUCCAGUUCCUCCCAAACUAGCCGACCUGACCAGACUCCCGUUUUCUGAUUCUGCAUUUGAGGAUGCCCAUCCCUUUUAUCCACCCAAAGGGAAGGGGGCAUUCGUCGCGCACUUGGACAGUAAUUCAUUUCAUUUGACCGAGGGUCGGUAUUUCGGACUACAAACCAAUCAUGUCGCGGAUCCCAAUUUUGUCGGCGCAAAUGCUCCGGGAAUUUCGGGGAUCCACGCAUCUGGCGGUGCAGGACUAGCCACCUCUAACGCAGGAGGUGGCGUCAUGGUGGGAUCUGCUAUGACACUAAGUACGUCCUAUCAUCGUGCGGCAAACGGUGGUAGCCAUGUCAGCAGUCAUUCAGCUUUGGGCUCCAAGAGCCAGAGCUUAUUCAGUACCAAUAGCAACAAAGAAGCGCCCGUGGAGCACGCGGGGACAAGUCCAAAGAUUAAUAUCGACCGAUCGAUAGCCGUCAAAUCACUGAACACUCCCAGUGUGGUCACUUCUAGUGUUGGUCCUAAGCCAACGGCAUCUGCAACCGACUUGCGGAAGGUAAUGGAAGAAGGUGUCCCUGAGCAAAUCGAAGCCUUCAGGUCGUGUAUCAUCAAGGCUGCCGUACACUCAUCGCGGUCAGGCCGCCAUGGACAUUCAUUUGUCGGACCAAACGGCGCCGUUUACCCAGAUGCAAACGUAUCACUGCCGGCUGCGUCGACGUCAUAA